CUGUCGGCACUCUGACAGCUCAGGGCACACUGGUCACAUCACUCCAGAGGCUACAGUUAGCUUUUUGAAUAGAGGAGUCAGUAAUCAUAUGACGCUUGUUGAGCUGAGUGGCAAUCAAUUGUGUUCCCUUCAUCAUCAGUCUCUUUUGACAACGAGUUUGACGGAAGCACAUUUUUCCAAAGUACCAUGGGAGAUCAUGGUUAUGCUGGCCUCUCUAAACCCACGAAGCCAGGCCUCUCAUCGGCACCGACUGGAAUGCUCAAGGAGGAGGUUCUCGAUGAGCUGGAAAAGCGUCUCGUUCAUGAUGAAACCGUGCACAUUCAACCUCCGAGGAAGCCGACAGCCAUUGAGAUUGAGCUCGAUAUGACCAAACCCAUGUGGCGCGAGACUCUUGGUGAGGAGAACCAAGGGGCCAAUGAGGAUCAACUAAAGACUUUGCUUGACCUCAAAUUGGAGCAAGCCCGACAAAUGAUUCCAGUGCGAUGGAAGGCAGAGAAAAAAUUCAAGGAUGACUGUCAAAUGAUUGACCAAAUUCAAGCCAACUUCGAACAGGUUUUGAAUAGCCUUCAGGCCAAGGAGUCGACUGACCCUUCCGCCCGAAUAGAGGAACAUCAAGCCAAGCGGCUUAUCAAGGACUGGGAGACGUGCAGACUUCCGCAGCUCGAGGCCAACUUUAAGGAUGCCACCCGAGUAUGGUACAAACCCCACCGUGACCCUCUCACGACCACCUACUCGACCAUCAUGAACAGGUUUGCGAACUUGAUGGCCCGAUUUGAAUACGAGACCUCUAUCCGACCAGCCCUGAAUGGAUCUACCGUGGACCAUUCCACCCAGGAUUGGAUGACUAAAACCAUUUCAGUGACCCACCCAGAGCAACCCAAAAUGGAACAGUUUCGUGUCCAGGAUAAGAUCAAGCCGUUUGAAGGGGAUCUGGGGGAUCCCGAAGUUAUGGCCAAGUUCUCCCAAUGGAAGUGCGAUUGGGCAGCCUUGGUCAAGGAGAUGGAAUCCUUGCCCGGAUUCAACAAGAUAUCUCUGUUUGAAAAGCUCAAGAAAGCCCUUUCCGAACGGGCUUUCAGAUUAGUGUAUCGCUAUCCCACCAAGAGAGAAGAUUCUUAUGACAAAGCCAUGCAAGAAUUGAAGAACAAGUUUGAGAACCCUUUAAACAUCGCUGCUCACCUCAUUAAGCGCGGACUCACCCCAAGGAGGACCAAAGCUGACCAAUUGGAGUCUGUCAAAGCGUCCUUAAAUGCAUUGCAACGCGUGAAAAACAUAUUUGAGACAGAAAACGUGGACAUGUACACGUUUGCGCUGACAUGCACCUUUACCCGGUCCAUGACUCCUUCCAUGGAGGAGAGUUGGGACAAAUUCAGGAUCCAAGAAAUGCACCACUACCACGAAAAACGCGACCUUGGUGUCAAGGCCGGGGAAUUCCUUCCGGAAUGGAAAUUUGGCCUGGUUGACAACUAUGAGAAGUUCAAUGCUUGGCUCGAAAAACAAGAGGCUCAACUCAAAAAGGAUGACAUCGAGCGCCGAAGUGACCAGCUAUCAUCGCUUUGCCGGGAAUCGACCAAUCAAGAAGAGAUAGAGACACCGAAGGUGGAUUUUUUUUGCUUUCUAUGUGGACCCAAAAACUCGAACCACCAUCUGACCCGAUGUCCCGUUGGUUUGGACAUGUCCUUGAAAGAUUGGGUACGUGUCUGUCGGAACGUCUCCUAUUGCUACAAAUGUGCCCGACCCUUGGAAGGGAACCAUCAUCAGUGCCACAUGACAUGCCGAAUUUGCAUGGGCAGAAGCAAAGAGGUGGAUCACCACGUGCUUAUGUGUCCCCUAAACCUUUAUCGGACCUCGCCUUUAGUUCAAGAUCACGAUAAUCAUCGCAGAGAUCGUGUAGGUUCUCGCCCUGACCCCAGGAAAACUAGUACAAGAUCCAGUUCCAGAGCAUCCAGGGAAUCUCCGGUGGAUAAACGUUCCCGAUCCGCACGACGUGGUACAUUUGAAAACUCAACCAGUGAAGAAGAUUCACAUUCUCGCACAAGAGCAAGAAGUCCCUUGUCCUCGGGUCGAUAUCAAAGACAUUGAAUGGUCCCUGAAUUGAUAAUAAUGAUUGGAAAUAAAAAAACAAUUUCUAAAUUGCA